CAUCAAUUGAGCAGCUUUUUUAUUAUACAAGAUGCAGUCAUUUGAUGCAAUCGUCAUUGGUGCCGGGUUUUCUGGCAUCAGCCAACUCUAUCAGCUCCGCCAGCUUGGGCUUUCAGUCAAGCUAUUUGAGAAAGCCGCCGACGUUGGAGGAGUUUGGUACUGGAACCAAUGGCCAAACGCCACCAGCGACACUCCCAGCGAAGUCUACAGAUUCAGCUGGGAUAAAGAAGACUUGUUGACAUAUCCCUGGCCAACUCAUGUUCUGCCCCAGAAAGAGACCCAGGCUUACAUGAACCAUGUUGUGGAGCGCCACAACUUGAGGCCGCAUAUGCAAUUCUCCUCUGAGCUGAAAUCCGCUGCUUUUGACAACUCAGAUUCCAAAUGGACGAUUCAGUUUUCUUCUGGGGAAACUUACAAGACUACGUACUUGGUCCUCGCUACUGGACGUUUUAACAAGAUUGCUUUCCCCUCUAUCCCCGGCAAAGAAAAGUUUGCGGGCGAGCAAUAUCACACAGGACGCUGGAAUGAGCACCGCGACCUCAAAGGCAAGCGAGUCGGACUCAUUGGCACCGGCUCUUCUGGUGCAGCGCUCCUAGUCGGUCUAGCAAAGGAAGUAAAGCAGUUGGUUUCCUUCCAACGCUCGGCGCAAUAUGUCAUCCCGAACAACAAUAGUCCCGUAUCAGCUGAAUACAGAGAUAACGUCAACAAAAACUAUGAUGAGUUCUUCAAAAACGUCCGGGGUUGUGGUGUCGGAUCGGGCUUCGCCCCCGUCCCGGCUGAUUACACAACCUUCAGCGUCAGCGAAGAGGAGCGCGAAAGGGUCUUUGAGGCGGCCUGGAAUCACGUCUGGGGCUUGGCUUUCACCUUUGACACUUUUUCGGACAUUAUGACCAACGAGGCGGCAAAUCGGGAACUUGUCAAAUAUUUCCGGAAGAAGAUUACCCAGAUUGUUAAAGAUCCCGUGAAGCGUGACAAGCUCCUGCCACCGCCAGAAACCUUGUACGACAAGCGCCCUGUGUGCAGUUCCGGCUAUUAUGAAGCUUUCAACCAGGACAAUGUGGACAUUGUCAACUACAAAAAGACUCCGUGGGUUGCAAUCACCGAAAAGGGCAUCCAAACCACAGAGAAGGAAUAUGAGCUGGACGUCAUCAUUUACGCAACCGGCUAUGAGUCUGACGGCACCUGGGCAGAUAUCGACAUCACUGGGCCUGAUGGAACAAAAUUGAGCGAGCAUUGGGCCGAAGGAUCAACUUCAUACCUCGGACUUGUCAAGGCCGGGUUCCCCAACCUCUUCUUCGUCAUCGGACCCCAGUCAUCGCUCGCCAACAUCCCGCAGCACUCUCAAUUCCACGGCGAAAUGAUUGUAAAGCUCAUCUCAAAGGCGGAGCAGAUGAAGAAGGAG